GCCAGUGAUGGACAGGUGCCAGGAGACAGGCGGGAGAGGGAGAGGUGACGGGGAGAGGACGGAAACCCCUGACCCUGAGACCCUCUUCCCCUCCCUGUGGAAGGCCAGGGAUCACCGGCAAAUGACAAGAUGGACCUCUCCCUCUCCCGCCUGUCUCCUGGCACCUGUCCACCUCCUCUCUUGGGAGGAGGGUGUGUUUCUACAGGAAAUGGGUCCCUGCAGCUGUGUUUUCCAACUCUCCGAGUUUGGGGAGGGAAGUUACGUUCCAAAAAAGAACAGGCUACCUCUUCCCAUUUGGAGACCCUCUCCAAACGGGUUCUGGGAAACGCUUGGGGGUGCAGGUGGGGGCAGUGGACAGGCACAGAGUUGGCCUCAAGUCAGGCUCCAGAGCAGGGGGAUGGGUUAUGAUAAACACCUCCCCUGUCCCGGGAGAACUGGUGCAGCCAGAGCUCACUCAUGGUGGUCGUUCUGGAGCCCCUGAAGGGCAUUCUGAGGUGAGUCCCAAUACAUCCUCUGCCCACAAAGGGCCGGGGCAAGGGAGGUCACCAGGAGAGCCCAAACAGCUUCCUCUCCAAAGGCAGGAGGGACCCGGGGCUGCCCAGGCUGGAAAGAUGGUGGAGUGGGGCCACAGGAGCCCAUCUAGGGGCUUAAAGCACUUGUCAGGAUACGGGCUUGUUUGUGCGGCGACCCUCCGGGGCUGGGUGGGGGCUGCAGCAGGGUGGAGUGGGCCCAGAGCAGCCCUGGCGCCCGCUGCUGGCAGAGGCCGCUGUUGUUAUUCUAAACCUUCUUUGGAAACCAGGCACUCAGCAACGGGGACACCAGGCUUCCUGGAACAGAACAACCAGCCUGAUCCUGAGGCAGCAGGGGCACCAUUUGGCUGGUCAGCAAAAUGGUCCCUUGGGCAGCCAGCCCUCUAGUGGCCUGGGAGGGGCAGGUGGAAGUGGGCGAGAGGCAGCUUUGGCCCCACUGAGGGGCAACUUGCACCUGUUUUCCUACCUGCCCCCAAUCCUGUCAGUAAAUGGUUCUCUCCAUUUCUUCUUUUUUUUUUUUUUUUAUUGUGCUUUAAGUGAAAGUCGGAAACCCUGAUGGCGUAGUGGUUAAGUGCUACAGCUGCUAACUAAAAGGUCAGCAGUUUGAAUCCGCCAGGCGCUCCUUGGAAACUCUAUGGGGUAGUUCUACUCUGCCCUAUAGGGUUGCUAUGAGUCGGAAUCGACUCGACGGCAGUGGGUUUUAAGUGAAAGUUUACAGCUCAAGCUAGUUUUUCAUACAAAAAUUUAUACGUUGUUAAGUGACCCUAGUUGCUAUCCCUAUAACGUGUCACCACACUCUUCCUUUCCACCCCAGAUUUCCUAUGUCCAUUCAACCAGCUCCUGUACCUUAUGUCUUCUCAUCUCACCUCUGGACAGGAGCUGCCCAUUUAGUCAGUUCUCUCCAUUUCUAAGCCUUGCAUCUGAGGCAAGAGUCCAGUUCCCUGGUGGCCUCCUUGUUCCUAAAGCAAGGCUGGCCGCCUUAGCCCUUCUGUGUCCAGGCCUGAGUACCAGAGCCUGCACUGCCCCAAACUGUGGCAAGCCCUGCACUGCCGAUGGCUCACUGGCCACUUAGGUAGGACGAAGGGCACUCUGCCGGAGGACCCUGGACCAAGGGACACUGAACAGUGGACACACGCCUAGGGAGCAGUACCUUCUAUACGCCCCCACUGGGCACAGGGGGGCAGAGGUGACCAAGCCGCCCUGAGGGAAAUCACAGGCUAACGGGAGAUGAGAUGAACUCCUGACAAGGCUGACAUGGAGCCUGGGCCCAGGACUCACCGUUCAGCCCUGUGUCCCUCAGAGCAUCCGGCAUGGGGCCAGGCAGACAGCAGGUGUACAGUGUCUGCCGGCCCAAGAAAGAAAGAACAAAUGAACAAGUGAUUCCAAAUGACCCGGCGACGUGCAGAAUGGCUAAGGACGGAGCAGUGGGGCCGAGGGCAGGAAGGGUGUCCCGGAAGGAGCAUGUGUUCGAGGCAGAGCAGUUAGACUGUGGGAGAGAUCAAAAUCCAGACUGGCUGCCAUCGAGUUGAUUCCUACACAUGGCAAACCCAUGUGUAUCAGAGAACUGUGCUUCACAGGGGUUUCUUUUCCUUUUUUUUUUCCUAUUGAUAUUUUAUUUUUGGUGAAAAUAUGCACGGGAAAACCCACUCCCAUUCAAGAGUUUCUAGACAUAAUGAUCAGUGACAUUGUUUUCAAUGACUGAUUUUUCAGAAGGAGAUUGCCAGGCCUUUCUUCAGAGACACCUCUGGGUAGGCUCGAACCUCCAACUAAAGGAACAACAUAUUAAGAAGAUGUACUGUGAACCUUCUCAACCUUUUCACAAGUACAGAGAGUAGCCAGGACAAGCAGGGCCAGCACUGUCUUCUCAGAUAGGAAGUAGCACUCUGAAUUGUCCUCUGCAGUUUCUCUGUGCUUUCUAAAACCAAAAAAAGAAAAAAAAAACCCAAACCCAGUGCCGUCGAGUCGAUUCCAACUCAUAGCAACCCUAAAGGAAAGACUAGAACUGCCCCACAGAGUUUCCAAGGAGCACCUGGUGGAUUCGAACUGCCGACCCUUUGGUUAGCAGCCGUAGCACUUAACCACUACGCCACCAGGGUUCCCAAGGGGGUAAAAAUAUCCCCUAAAGUCUUCCCAAAACAACUGUUCAGCUUAACUAGUAAAAAGUAUCUGCCUGGAGUAUUAUGCUCUUUUAAGAUCUAUUUAUAUGGAAUCAAAUUGACAAAAGCAACUCAAAAGAUAGGAAACUAGGGGGCAGUGAGUUUAUACGAAUGGGAGAGGAACAACUCAGGAAGGGUGAGAACGGUUGCACAACUCAAAGAAUGUACUCAGUGCCACUGAACCGUACAUGUAGAAACUGGUGAAUUGAGGUAUGUUUUGCUGUGUAUAUUCUCAACAAAAACAGUAACAUUAAGGAAACGUAUAUCAAGAAGCACAUGGCUGUACACUUACCACCUGGCUCCAUGACUUCUCAAGUGAUUUUGUAUGAUAUAUGGCUCUAUAUAAAAAAAAAAAAAAAAACUUUUUUUUUUUUUUUUUUUUAUGAACAGUUGUAGCCGGGGCUGGGGUAAAAAUGUGUUGAAGACUGAAAGAUAGAAGCUUUUGAGAACCUGGGGGGAUUCCUAUGGGCUUACUUACUGUUUAUUUUAACCUGCAUUGUUUUCCCCUAAUGGUUAAAAAAAAAAACCCAAGGGGGUAUCGCCUGUCAGAGCUAACCUCCGGGCCUGUUCUCUGCCUUGGGACUGGCCUGGGCCACCCUGACCUGGGGAAGCAGCAGCUCCCAGGGAGAACAGGACUUCGGGGGAGCCACAUGGUCACCGGGGGUCACGAGAGUUUACAGCCAGCAGGAGGAAACAGGCAAGCUCUUUGGAAAGCUCCAGGGAUCAGGGUGAGGCAAGCAGAGGAGGAGGGAGGACCGUCACCCCUGGGGUGUCACCCCUGAGGCAGAAGGCAUGUGAGGCCAAGUCAGCUGACUUUUCCCUCCAGGCCAGCCCUGUUUGUGGAGGCGGAGAGGAGUCAGGAAUGGCUGUAUCCUCCACGGAGCCCAUCCCCUGGACAGGACGGCUGACGGCUUCCUUCUGUUCCCCUCACAGAGCCCGUCAGAGUUGCCCCCUGAGGAGCUGAGUAUGACGCGGGACGAGGCCCUGCCAGACUCCUACUCCACACAGGGCUUCUACGAGAACUAUGAGCCCAAGGAGAUCCUGGGCAGGGGCGUGAGCAGUGUUGUCAGGCGCUGCAUCCAUAAACCCACAUGCCAGGAGUAUGCCGUGAAGAUCAUUGACAUCACCGGUGGAGGCAGCUUCAGCCCCCAGGAGGUCCAGGAACUACGAGAGGCCACGCUGAAGGAGGUGGACAUCCUGCGCAAGGUCUCGGGACACCCCAACAUCAUCCAGCUGAAGGACACUUAUGAGACCAACACUUUCUUCUUCUUGGUGUUUGACCUGAUGAAGCGAGGGGAGCUCUUUGACUAUCUCACCGAGAAAGUGACCCUGAGCGAGAAGGAAACCAGGAAGAUCAUGCGGGCCCUGCUGGAGGUGAUCUGCACCCUGCAUAAGCUCAACAUCGUGCACCGGGACCUGAAGCCCGAGAACAUCCUCUUGGACGACAACAUGAACAUCAAGCUGACAGACUUUGGCUUCUCCUGCCAGCUGGAGCCGGGAGAGAGGCUGCGAGAGAUCUGUGGGACCCCCAGCUACCUGGCCCCCGAGAUCAUCGAGUGCUCCAUGAACGACAACCACCCGGGCUAUGGGAAGGAGGUGGACAUGUGGAGCACCGGCGUCAUCAUGUACACCCUGCUGGCCGGCUCCCCGCCCUUCUGGCACCGGAAGCAGAUGCUGAUGCUGAGGAUGAUUAUGAGCGGCAGCUACCAGUUUGGCUCGCCUGAAUGGGACGACCACUCCGACACCGUCAAAGACCUGGUGAGGGGCUUCCGGGCUCGGGGAGGGCGCGCCCUCUGCCACGCUGGAGAGCCCGUCUCACUGUUCUCUGUUCCCCUCCCUUGUCCUCAGAUUUCCCGCUUCUUGGUGGUGAGCCCCCAAGGCCGCUGCACAGUCGAAGAGGCCUUGGCACACCCCUUCUUCCAGCAGUACGUGGUGGAAGAAGUGCGUCACUUCAGCCCCCGGGGAAAGUUCAAGGUGAUCGCGCUGACGGUGCUGGCCUCGGUGCGGAUCUACUACCAGUACCGCCGCGUCAAACCUGUGACUCGGGAAAUCGUGCUCCGCGACCCAUAUGCACUGCGGCCGCUGCGCCGCCUCAUUGAUGCCUGCGCCUUCCGCAUGUACGGCCACUGGGUGAAGAAGGGGCAGCAGCAGAACCGCGCUGCGCUCUUUGAGAACACCCCCAAGGCCGUGCUGCUCUCCCUGGUGGAGGACUACUGAGGGGCACCGGGGCAGUGGGGGCAGCGGCACAGGGGCCCCCAAAGUUGGGGCUCCCUGCCCCCUAGAAGCCUCUGCACGGGGGUGGGGAGCAGCGUGCUCCCAGCACACAGACAGACGCAGGCUGGGCCAGGCCCGGGGUUGGGAGGGGCCGCCCGCUUCCCCACCUCCCAGCUGGGCCAAGUUCUGUUUCUGGGAGGCCUUCUGCCCUUGGGGUCCCAGUGGGGAAGAUAAAAGAGAACAGUCUGAGACAUACA